AAGGGGGCGGGGGUGGGACUGUGUCGCAUUGUGGAGGUUCCCAAGCACUAGACCUGCCGCUGGCUUGAAGGGGGUCAGAAGAAGGAGAAGAUCCGGGGCAGGAGCGCGGUGAUCCAGACGGACUGCAGCCGGCAUUUGAAGCGACCUCACCUGCAACACGGUGGGACCUCCAUCCGCCUGCCUCACAUCGUUGAACCGGGGAUUGUAAACGGCGGGAUGGAGCGUUUACGGCGCAUGGGAGUGUUAACACUCCGGCUAUUCUCCCUCCUCUGGUGCGCGCCAAGUGGAGUUUGGAGCUUCAACCUUUACGCACAGCAUCCAACGGUGUACCGCGGACCCAGUGGGAGUUAUUUCGGUUAUUCCGUUGACUUCUACCAGGCCAGCACCGACAGCAACAAGUUCAGCGUGUUGGUAGGCGCUCCCAAGGCCAACACCUCCCAGCCUGGCAUUGUGGAGGCCGGGUCCGUCUAUGACUGCCCUUGGCCGGGCCUGCCUGACAGCUGCAGACAAAUACCCUUUGACAAUGCCAAUAACCGCAUGAUAAAGGUAAAUGGCAGCAGAGAACCUUUGGAGUUUAAGUCCCAUCAGUGGUUUGGAGCAUCUGUCAGGACACACAAAGGCAAAGUGGUGGCGUGCGCUCCUCUCUACCACUGGCGCACAGUGAAGCUGAGUGGGGAAAUGGAUCCCGUGGGUACCUGUUACGUGGCCGUCCAGAACUUCAGUGCCUACGCAGAAUACUCGCCAUGUCGGACCAAUGACCCGGACCCAGAGGGGCAGGGGUUCUGCCAGGCUGGCUUCAGUGUGGAUUUCACAAAGGAAGGAAGGCUGGUGGUAGGAGGCCCUGGAAGCUUUUACUGGCAAGGGCAGGUGAUGACAGCAGGCGUAGCGGAGAUACUGAAUGGCUACUCUUUGAAAGCUGUGCUGAGACGAGUUCCCGGAGAGAAACACACCACCGCCGCUGAAGACACACACGAUGACAGUUACCUCGGUUACUCUGUAGCAGUGGGGGAGUUCACUGGUGAUUCGGAACAAGAGCUCCUCGCCGGAGUACCGAGAGGAGCACAAAACUUUGGAUACGUUGUGAUGAUCAACUCCACCAACCUGACCUUCAUCCAGAAUUUCACGGGAGAACAGAUGGCCUCUUAUUUUGGCUACUCAGUGGCUGUAAUCGACCUGAACGGAGAUGGAAUGGAUGAUGUUCUGGUCGGAGCACCCCUCUACAUGGAGAGGGAAAUGGAGAGCAAACCCAAAGAAGUGGGGAGGGUCUACUUGUACCUGCAAAAGGCCCCGCUUACCUUCUAUAAACCCGUCGCCCUCACUGGCACGUACACUUUUGGCCGCUUCGGCACAGCGAUUGCACCGCUGGGAGACAUCAACAACGACGGAUACAAUGACGUGGCGGUGGGUUGUCCGUUUGGUGGAGAGGAUGGCGGAGGACGAGUAUUGAUCUUUAACGGACACAGAGAUGCAACGACGCAGGGCCUGACCCCGAGCCAGGAGCUGAAAGCGGCCUCCGCCCCCGCCGGCGCCCUUCCCGGUUACGGCUUCACCCUGCGAGGAGGUCAGGACCUGGACCGCAACCAGUACCCUGACUUGAUCGUGGGGUCAUUCGGUGCCGGAGAAGUGUCUGUGUACAGGGCUCAAGCCGUUGUGACUGUGGAGGCGGCAAUGAUCCUGACCCCCAGGACCCUGAAUCCUGAUGACAGACAGUGUCAUCUGCUGCUCACUGAUGCCAUGGUGACCUGCCUGAAGGUGGAUGUAUGUGCGGAAGUGAGCGGAGUGGGCAUCCCCAGCUCUGUGGACCUGAAAGCAGAGCUGCAUUUGGAUUGGUUGAAAGGUGUCCGAGGGGGUGUAAAGCGAGUCCUCUUCUUGGAUAGCCAGGAGCCUCAGGUCACUGGACUCCUAACGCUGGGCCACAGCCAUCCGCGGGCUUGCCUAAGUUACACCAUUUACUUGAGAGAGGAAGAUGAGUUCCGUGAUAAAUUGAGUCCCAUCUCAUUGGCUCUGAACUACAGUUUGGCUCCUCCCUCUCACGGCCAGAUGCUCCCGCCGGUCCUCAACUACUACAGUAGCACCUUCCUGCAAGAGCAUGCCUACAUUCUCCUGGACUGCGGUGAUGACAAUAUUUGCAUUCCAGACCUUCAGCUCACCGCCAGCAUGGACCGCUCUGAACUGGUGAUCGGAGAUGACAAUUUGGUUAUGUUGACCAUCACUGCGGAGAACCGAGGCGAGGGAGCCUACGAAACGGAGCUCCAUGUACUGAUCCCGUCCGAGGCUGACUACAUUGGUGUGGAGAGAAGAGUCGAGUCUCUGGCUCAGCUGAACUGCGAAUACAAGAUGGUGAAUGACUCCAGGCUGGUCGUGUGUGACCUGGGCAACCCCAUGGUGGCCCAAACCGAGCUGUCUGUUGGUUUGCGGUUUGCAGUCCAAAGGCUCGAAGAUGCUGGACCAAAAAUUAGCUUUGAGCUACAGAUCCACAGUUCCAACAAAGACAGCCCUGAUAGCAAUCCAGUCAGCCUGAAUCUGGCCAUCGUCGCCAAAUCCCAGAUUGAUUUACGAGGAGUGUCUCAUCCCUCUCAGGUGGUGUUGCCAUUUCCACGCUGGGAGCCCAAAGAGAAACCUGUCAAGGAAGAUGAUGUGGGUCCACAGGUGACACACAUCUACGAGCUCCAUAACUCGGGUCCCAGUAGUAUUCGGGAGGCCGAGGUUGAGGUUGGCUGGCCUUCCCGCUUCCGUGACGAGAACCUGCUGUAUGCGAUGGAGAUUAGAACCGAUGGACCAAUAAACUGUCGGACGAAUGGCAGCCUCAAUCCGCUUGGACUACAGAUAUCAUCCAUUCAAGAUACUCCUGAACUUCUUGGCUUCUUGAGGAACACCAGCGCACCUCUUCGCCGCCACAAGCGAGCCGCCAGCACCGCCCAAAGUCAUGGCGGUAAAAUCCUGAACUGCACGAACAUCUCCUGCCUGAGAAUCACGUGCGUCGUGGGCCGAUUGAAUCGCGGCCAGAGCGCUGUCGUUAAAGUCCGCUCAAGACUGUGGGCACAUACGUUCCUGCAGCGGCGUAAUGACCCUUACGUUCUCAACUCUACUGUGACCUUCACGGUCCUGUCCAUGCCUUAUCGGGUCCAGCCCCCCACCCUGUCUCAACGCACCAUAUCGAUGGGGACACCUGUGUUAUGGGGGACACCAGAUGUGUCCUUUGCUGUUCCACUCUGGGUCAUCAUCCUGGCCAUACUGCUUGGGUUGCUCGUGCUCGCCGUGCUAACGCUCGCGAUGUGGAAGUGCGGUUUCUUCGACCGGGCGAGGCCGCCAGCCGCGGACAACAUCUCCGACCAAGAGCAGCUGACGUCAGAUCAAACUGGGGAUGCCUAAAAGAUACAUGGAAGAGAUCCUUAUCAGGGGAACGUGCACCUUCUGACUGAAUUGUAUUCAAACUGAGAUCUGGAGUUGUUGGACCUGGCAUUUCUCGGCCGUGGGUCUUCCGCUCUUUUGUCAAUGAAUGGGCCUGGGAGGGGUGUCUUGCUACAGUCUGCAUCAGGCGAGGACCAAAGACGCUCAGCUUUGACAGCACGAAACCAAAGCACACUUCAGUGGAAGACAUUUUUUUGGGUUUGUUUGUCAGACGUGACGAAGGACCACAAGACAACAGUGUGAAGAAAGUUCUUCACGUUCCCACCAUAAACACACUUAGGUCGAAUGGGGUAGAGAGAUGGGAUGGGGCACAGAGGGACUUAAUCUGUGUGAAUAUGAACUUAUACACUCGCUAGCCACAAUAUUAGGUACAACUGCACAAUAAAACACCACCAAAAAGUGCUUAUAUUAUUUAUUUAACCUCGAAAUGUACCGAAAAUUAUGAUCCAAAACACUUUCAUAUCACUUCAGUCAUCCUACGUUACCCUUUAAAAUAAAUGGCAUUUUGAAAAGAAAAAAAUACACUGAAAGUGAGCAUGUACAUGCACUUAAUGGCAAAGAUGACCUGUAACUUUCACGAACGACGCAGACUUAAUUUAGCCCCUCCCCAACAUACAAAAAUAUUAUCUCAGUCGAGAUGUAUCACUUCCACAUACUGGCUUGACACCAAUUAGUACUUUAUUUUGUUAGCCAGAUAGAUCUAAGAUAGAGAACGACAACAUGUAAAAUCUUAUUUUUUAAAUUUGGAUCAAUGUAUUGACAGGUAACUGGUGUCGGUACUGGUGUUGGAUGGCAUUUGAUUGUGCAGAUGUGCCUAAUUUUGCGACCGCUGCUCGUUUGUGUGGACUUUUACCGACAUGUGUGCAAGCAUGUGCGCGGGUGUAUGUGUGUUACGUCGGGGCUUCUCUUUAUCCAAUGUUUUGUUCUUAGUCACAUGUGUCAUACACAUGCAGAUGCGUUAACGUGGAGGCACAAAGCAAACAUGUGUAUUUAUGAAUGUACGUGCAAUAUUUGGAGAUUGCGUGAUACUGAAGAUUGUUGACACUGGCAUUAUUUUAUCAGAGCUUAAUAGUGUAUAUGUAUCAUAUGAAGUGAGUCGUAGGUAUAAUAGAUCUUAGUUUUUCUACACAACAAAAGCAUUUGUCUUGUCCUGGGUUGUGCCGCACCAAAUAAUGUGAGGUAUAAAAUACGUUCCCAAAAAAAUAACGUUUUCAGAUCGCAUACUGCCUUAUUAACUCAAGUUUUUGCUUUUUCAUUUUGGACCUCACCAACCAUAACGCCCCUAGUGAAAUAAUACAACACUCCACAUGGUAAA